AUGAUAUCGGUACUGUUGUUGCUCUUCAACGUCAACUAUGGGGACAGUUUCAACGACUACCCAUCUACGGUCACGGCGAACACAACCAUGGCAGUGGUCAUCGAUAAGAGCUUCUUCGGUAACAAAGAGGAGCAUAAGAACGCGAUGGGAGCGGUGCAAGAUUUCAUUGUAAACACCGUGAAAAAGGAGAUGCACGUAGGAGGAAUCGUCGUGCGUGUUUUCCGCGACGUGAACAUUAAUCUGCGACAAGAUCCAGACUGUCCUCGAUUUCCCGAUAGCGAUGGAAUAAGCGUGCCACUCAUUGUCCCAGGAGAAGAGCUGUCCCAGAUCUUCCUCGACCUGAGGAUGACGAAUGUUCUCUCAUGGAACGUGAUUAACAUCCUUCACGAUGAUACAUUCGACAGAGACACAAUUAGUCGUGUGAUAAAGGCAAUCUCGGACAACCUACCUAACAGGAAAUUGAACCUAGUUUCGAGAUCUAUAUUCACGUUGAAACACGACGACACGGAAAGAAGUAGGAAGAACUCCGUGAGGAAGAUUUUACACGAUUUUCACGUGGAUCAACUCGGUCAUUGCUUCCUGGUGAUCGCCACUGCGGACAUGGUCGCGGAUGUGAUGGACGUUAUGGUACAUCCAAGUAGCCAGUGGUUGUACGUGAUCACCGAUAGCGCGAUGCAGAACGUGACAAAUAUGACGACGUUUGUGGAUCUGCUGGGUGAAGGUGGAAACGUCGCCUUCAUGUACAACGCGACCGAUUUUGAGAACUUCUGCGAAACGAAAUUGAUAUGUUACAUCAAGGAAUUCAUUCAAGCCUUGCUGAAAGCUCUACAAUACUCCAUGAUCAACGAGAUAGAUCUCCUGAGGAAGGUGGGAUACGAGGAUUUCGACCUGAUCAAACUGACGAAACGUGAGAGGCGAAGGGAGAUCCUGAAUAACAUCACAAUACACCUAUCCCAAAACACGUUUGCUUCAGAAGUUGUCUGCGGACGAUGCCUGUUAUGGAGAUUCUCUUCGUCUAUAACCUGGGGAAAUUUCUUUUCCCAUGGGAAAAACGAGGCUCACCUGUUGGAUAUAGGCGUAUGGACGCCUAAUUUGGGAGUUAAUCUUACGGACGUGAUUUUUCCACACAUUGCCCAUGGAUUUAGGGGCAUUAAUUUACCGAUCGCGACCUAUCACAAUCCACCGUGGCAGAUAAGCACCGUAAGCGAGAUAGGGGAAAAAUCGUACGAAGGAUUGGUGUUCGAUGUGGUUAGAUAUCUAAGUAAGAAGUUGAACUUCACUUACACGGUAAUUGCACCGGAAGUGAGCCGAACUGCGAGAUCUUGGAAUACUUCUCGGUUCGCCAAGCUUGGCGAGACCUACAGCUUUCUGACUUCGAGGCCGAGGCAAUUGUCCAGAGCCCUUUUGUUCGCUUCACCAUUCACCAAAGAGACCUGGGCCUGUCUCGCUGUGGCCAUUAUCAUAAUGGGUCCGAUCUUGUACCUGGUUCACAAGUACAGCCCUUACAGCACCAAGACCUCAGGCCUGAACUCGUCGUGGCAGUGUGUGUGGUACGUGUACGGUGCACUUCUUCAACAAGGAGGGAUGUAUCUGCCGCAUUCAGACAGCGCUCGCAUACUGAUCGGUGUCUGGUGGCUGGUCGUGAUGGUUCUCGUCGCUACGUAUUCCGGAAGUCUGGUCGCAUUUCUCACUUUUCCACGAAUGGACGCGUCUAUUCUAACGGUGGAGGAUCUGAUCGCUAGGAAGGAUAAGAUCACGUGGGGUUUUCCCAAUGGUAGCUUCCUCGAGGUGUACCUUCGUAACGCCGACGAGCCUAAGUACCACCUUUUGCUCUCUCACGCGGAGAGACAUAACGACACGGAGGCAGAGCAGCUGAUGGAACGAAUUAAAGAAGGGAAACACGCUCUGAUCGAUUGGAGAAGCACACUCAGGUUCUUGAUGAGGAAGGACUUGCUGUUGACCGGGGGAUGCCAUUUUUCUUUGAGCAGCGACGAGUUUUUGGACGAGCCUAUCGCUAUGAUUAUGUCGCAGGAGAGUCCUUAUUCGCCUGUCAUCAAUGCAGAAUUGCAUCGAAUGCACGAGUCAGGACUGAUGAACAAGUGGAUCUCCGGGAGGAUGCCAAUGAAAGAUAAAUGCUGGGAGAUACCGGGUAACACUCAAGCGGUGAACAAGAGGAAAGUGAACGUGGCCGAUAUGCAAGGAAUAUUCUUCGUCCUCUUCAUGGGCAUUACACUCGCUUGCUUCUUCCUGUUCUGCGAAUUCUACUGGCACAGGCGCAAGGUAUCCAAGGAACGCAAAUUAAUUCGUCCCUUCGUCUCGUAA